AUGACGUCCACCCCAUCCUCCACGAGCCGAAUCAACGGCACGGCGAUCGAGAAUGCCUUCCCCACUCCACCUACUGGUGAUACCGCUCCUGACAAUGCAUUCCGCCUCAAAGGCCGGAUAUUGCCAGCUCCUCAGAGAGUUCUUCCAUUACAACGUGCACAGUCGACUCCGCCAGAGCUUACGCAUUCAAAUCAAUUCGGCGUCUUGACUAAAGGCUCUCAGGGCCUGUCAGACCUGGCAAGUCUGGAACAUUCGUGGAGCAAGCUGGGAUUGUCUAAGAAGAAAAGCCAAUAUUACGACAACGCCUUCGCUUAUCGUGAGCCGAAUAAUGCUGCCAAAGAACGGGUGGCGAAGGACUCAGUCAUCUUGGCUGAGGUCAAGCUGAACUGCCGCGUCGAGUUCGAAAAAGAGUUCCUCAUCGAUCUGUCUUUCCGUCUCUCUGAAAUCUAUCAGCGUCCGGCAUCGUGCGUCAUGGCCAUGGUGACAACAGACGUCCAGAUGCUCCUUGGAGGAAACUCGGAACCGGCGUAUCAUCUUAAAAUUACGGCUCUGCCCUCGGAAAUCGCGGCCACCAAGAACAAGAGAAGUACACAUCUGAUCCAAGAUUUCAUCCAAGACACUCUUCAAAUCCCGCCAAAACGUGGAGUUCUUCGGUUUGAUGCGGUGUCGGAGGAGAACCUGGCGACGAACGGCAUGACGGCAUUGCAGGAGAUCGAGCAGCUUGAAAGACAGUCAUCUGAUGAGGAUUGUAUGUUACACGCGUUGAGUCGCCAGAGGAGUCGAAGGAGCAAGAAGUCAAGUGCGCCAGCUUUCACUGAGCGCUUCCGAGUGGGUCUGCCUUCGAUUAGAUCCACCACUCCUUCGAGUCAAAGGUUCAAUACAGCUGAAACAACCCAGACGAAGUCAACAGACGCCAUUGGUCUCGGAAAGAAGCGCGUCAAGAAGAGGCAAAGCAUUUUGGGAUUCUUCAGGAAGUGA